GUAGGUGUGUAUAAGGGUGUGUAGGUGUGAUGUGUGUAGGUGUGUAGGUGUGUAUAAGGGUGUGUAGGUGUGAUGUGUUUACUGUCUGGUUCCAGGACAUGGAGAUCUCAGCGUUGGAGCUGCAGACCAUCAUGAACAAGAUCGUCUCCAAACGCACGGACAUUAAGACAGACGGCUUCAGCCUGGACACCUGCAGGACCAUGGUGAACCUGAUGGACGACAGUGGGAACGGGAAACUCGGCAUCGGAGAGUUUGCCACGCUGUGGAAGAAAGUUCAGAGAUAUCUGAACAUCUACAAGAAGAAUGACCUGGAUAACUCUGGGAUGAUGAGUACUCCUGAGAUGAGAAUCGCCUUCAAUGACGCAGGUCGGUUUCUUGAGCAAUGA